AUGACAAGCAAGCUCAACCUAUCGUUCGCCUGCGGGCGGUAUGACCGCACCGAUGCUCUCGCGCAUGGGGAAAUACACCCCGCGGGAAUCGAUUUAAAUUAUAUCACGAUCGGUCAUCCACGGGACAUAUUCGACCGCAUGGUCGGAGGACUGGAGUUCGACGUAUCGGAGAUGUCGGCCUCGGAGUAUAUAUGCAGAUACGUUGAUGGUGAAAGGGAUCUCAUUGCGAUUCCGGUAUUCCCUUCGCGAUCAUUUCGCCAUGACUGUAUUGCAGUCAACACCAACCUGGUCAAAACGCCAGCAGAUUUGAAUGGAAAGCGCAUCGGCGUGCAGUUGUACACCAUGACGGCUGCAGUGUGGAUCCGAGGGGCACUGCAAGAUAUGGGCGUCGACCUGUCUACCAUCACCUGGGUCGAGGGCGACUUUGAGAAGCCGGGCCCUCACGGGAAAGCAAACCCCAAACCCCUUUUGCGGCCAGCUAACCGCAUUCCCAAUGAGACGGGGAAGUCACUCGGUCAAUGCCUACAAGAUGGAGACGUUGCCGCGACGAUUGGCGCUGUAGUGCCUUCGUGCGUGGGAAAGGUUCCUCACAUCCGACACUUAUUUCCUGACGUUCGGCAAGCCACAAAGGAAUAUUAUCUACAGACUAAGAUAUUUCCGAUCAUGCAUUUAGUAGUGAUCAAGAAGAAAAUUGUCGACCGGUAUCCCUUCGUUGUGACGUCGAUGUUCAAUGCUCUGAACGAUUCUAAAGACCUGGCUUUGCGCCGCAUGAAGUCUCCGGGAACACAUCGCUAUAUGCUUCCAUUCUUGCCCUCGUAUCUGGACGAAAUCGAUGAUAUCUUCGGUGGUGACCCAUGGCCGUAUGGCCUUGAGGAGAAUCGGAAGCCAUUGGAAGCUUUAGUAACUUACCUUGAAGACCAAGCUCUGAUUCGCCACAAGGUUCCGCUAGAAGAAUUAUUCGCACCUAUCUAUGGGAAGAAUCUGAAAAGGUAA